AACAAGCAUGGUUAUCGUUUCCGUUUCGCUGUCUUUCUUUCCUUUACGAAAUUCAUCGAGAGCAAGUCGACAUGAGUUCCCUUAAGUUGCAAAAAAGGCUUGCCGCCUCUGUUAUGCGAUGCGGUAAGAAAAAGGUUUGGUUGGAUCCUAAUGAAAUUAACGAAAUCGCCAACACGAAUUCUCGUCAAAACAUCCGCAAGUUGAUCAAAGAUGGUCUUAUUAUCAAGAAACCUGUCGUCGUGCACUCCCGUUAUCGGGUACGCAAGAACACAGAGGCUCGUCGCAAAGGACGUCAUUGCGGAUUUGGUAAGCGCAAGGGUACUGCAAAUGCUCGUAUGCCUACAAAGUUCUUGUGGAUGCAACGUCAACGUGUUUUGAGGCGCUUACUUAAGAAGUAUAGAGACAACAAGAAGAUUGAUCGUCACUUGUACCAUGACUUGUACAUGAAGUGCAAGGGUAAUGUUUUCAAAAACAAGCGUGUGUUGAUGGAAUACAUUCACAAGAAGAAGGCGGAGAAACAACGCAGUAAAAUGCUUGCUGACCAAGCGGAGGCCAGAAGACACAAAGUUCGCGAAGCUAGAAAACGCCGUGAAGAGAGAAUUGCUGCCAAAAAGCAGGAACUCUCCAAACUACAUGCUAAGGAAGAUGAAGUAGCUGCACAAGCGGCGACAACAGGUCCAAAAAAAUAAAAAUUAUAAAUUAUGCUGAAGAAGUUGCAUUCCAAUUUGAGGAGUUAAGCUUAAUUGGGAUAUAUUGUUGGAUGAUAGAAAUAAUGUGUGUAGGCGGGGCCAUGGAGAAAAAUUUCAUCUGCUCGAGUACAUCAAUUUUAUUAAAUUAGGGGCUUUGAGAGACAUUCAAUCUUUGAACGAAUAGAAGAAGAAAGAAUAAUUUUUAGCGAAGUUGUGGAAAAAACUUGUUUCUAUAAUUUAUUUUUAUUAAACGGUUGAUUAAAAUAAAUGUAGGGCAAGCUGAUAUAUUCCAAAUUAUAACUUUGCAUAUUGUGACCCUUACUUUUUAUAUACGAGCUUUUCUUGCUGCGUGGCUAGUAGUGAUUUAUAAUGUUGGGAUUUAACUGCAACAAAAUAAAGAAUAACCAACUCUUGUUUACAACACGA